AUGGUGCCUCCGGGAGCUGGGCCGCGACGUGAUUGGAACCGCGGUCCCAGAGGAGGGCGACAUGAUUUGGAGCUGGGAAAUAGUGGAGGACCACUAAGCUUCGAGGCGGCGCGGCGAGAUUGGCGAAAAAACGGAGGUCUAUGGGAUGGUCCACGACGCGGUUUGAAUUGCAGUUCGAACGCAAUGCUCAGUGAAUUAUUGUCGCGAGAUCAACAGCAGCACCUGACCUCAGAGGUGGAUCGGCAAGUAAUGAGCGGUUCCGGGAACUGGUCUCUGAUGAAAUUAGCGGCCUCAGCGGAGGGCGGCGUGAUUUGUUGUUACAACCCCGUAAGUUGCGCUGGCCUGUUAACUGGCGAGGAGGGUAGGUUGAUGAACAGUGGUGACCUUAGGAGAGUGGUCGCCAUGGUGAUUGGAAUUGCGAUCAUUUUUGGAGAGGGAGAGAUUGGACAACCCGAGUCGCUGCUGGCCUCGAAGAAUGCAGAUCAUAGUGACGGCAUGGUGGGAUACCGAGGUGGCAGCUCUGAAUUUGGUGGUUCGGUCUGCAGAUUGCGUGAUGAUGGAAUUUGGGUGUUGAUUAAAGCUCGUUGGCAGUCAGAGGUAGUUCUUAGCUUAUCAUCAUGA